AAUUACAAUAAAUUAAUUAAUUUUUUUUUAAAAAAAAUGGAUUUAGAAUAAGCAAACAAUACAAAAGAUAUAAAUUUAGUUGUAUAGGGAGAUCAAAAAGUAUCUGUAGAUUUUCGUUUUAAAAAUGUUUCAGGUUUAAUAUAUGAUAUGCAUGAAAAUAAUCCAGAUGAAGAUAUUCCUAUAUAAGAAAUUACUAAAGAAAUGUUAAAUACAAUCAUAAGUUAUUGCAAAAGACAUAAUUGGACUCCUCCUUAAAUAAAAAGGCCUUUAAAAUCAAAUAAUUUAUAGACAAAUUUAUGCGAAUAGGAUUAUUUAUUUAUUAAGGAUUACAAAAUAUAUAAUGAUACAAAAUUGAGAGAUUUAAUUUAGGCAGCUUAUUAUUUGUAGAUUUAGAGUCUUUAUGAUGUAUGUAUUUGUAGAUUGGCAAGCGAAUUCUAUUUUGGAAAUGAUUAAUAGUCUUUUGAAGAUCUUAAGAAGAACUUAAAUGUCACUGAAGAUAUUACUAUUGAAUAAGAUGAGAAGAUUUAAAAAGAUCAUCCUUGGAUUAGGGAUAAUUGAUUUUUUUUUUUUUUAUUUUAUAAAUAAAUGUUAGUAUUUUUCUUUCUUUCUAUUAUUAUAAAUAUUUUUAUUAUUUCUUUUGCU